GCGCGCCCCCCGCCCGGCGGCAUGGGGGCGAUGGGGGCGGCGGAGCCGCUGCGCUCGGUGCUGUGGGUGAAGCGGCAGCGCUGCGCCGUGAGCCUGGAGCCCGGGCGGGCGCUGCUGCGCUGGUGGCGGAGCCCGGGGCCCGGAGCCGGCGCCCCCGGUGCGGAUGCCUGCUCCGUGCCCGUGUCUGACAUCAUCACUGUGGAAGAAGCUGACCCGCGCAGGAAGCGCCACCCCAGCCGCCGAUGGCACAAGAUGGAGAAGCCGUACGCUUUCACAGUCCACUGCGUGAAGAGGGCGCGGCGGCACCGCUGGAAGUGGGCGCAGGUGACCUUCUGGAGCGCGGACGAGCAGCUCUGCCUGCUGUGGCUGCAGACCCUCAGGGGCCUCCUGGAGAAGCUGACGUCUCGGCCGAAGCACCUGCUGGUUUUCAUCAACCCAUUUGGGGGGAAAGGACGAGGCAAGAGGAUAUAUGAGAGGAAGGUGGCCCCGCUGUUCACGCUGGCCUCCAUCAGCACUGACGUCAUCGUCACUGAGCGUGCGAACCAAGCCGAGGAAGCACUGUACAGCAUGAACUUGGACAAGUACGACGGUGUGGUGUGUGUUGGCGGGGAUGGCAUGUUCAGCGAGGUGCUGCACGGCCUCAUCGGGAAGACUCAGCGGAGCGCUGGCAUCGACCAGGACCAGCCCUGGGCCGCGCUGGUGCCCGUCACCCUCAGGAUUGGCAUCAUCCCCGCCGGGUCCACGGACUGCGUGUGCUACUCCACUGUGGGCACAAAUGACGCCGAGACAUCCGCCCUGCACAUCGUUGUGGGGGACUCGCUGCCCAUGGACGUAUCCUCGGUCCACCACAACAGCACGCUGCUGCGGUACUCUGUGUCCCUGCUGGGCUAUGGCUUCUACGGGGACAUCAUCAGGGACAGCGAGAGGAAGCGCUGGAUGGGUCUGAUCCGCUACGACUUCGCAGGCUUGAAGACCUUCCUAUCACACCACUGCUACGAAGGGACUGUGUCCUUCCUGCAAGCACGGCACACGGUGGGGUCCCCGCGGGACAGGCAGCCCUGCCGGGCAGGGUGCUUCGUGUGUCGGCAGAGUAAGCAGCAGCUGGAAGAAGAGCAGAAGAAAGCACUGUAUGGGCUGGACAACAUGGAGGACAUGGAGGAGUGGCAGGUGGUCCGUGGGAAGUUCCUGGCCAUCAAUGCUGCGAACAUGUGCUGUGCCUGCCCCCGGAGCCCCAGGGGCCUCUCCCCGGCCGCGCACGUGGGCGACGGCUCCUGUGACCUCAUCCUCAUCCGCAAGUGCUCCCGGCUCAACUUCCUGAGGUUCCUGGUCAGGCACACGAACCAGGGCGACCAGUUUGACUUCACGUUCGUUGAAGUUUACCGGGUCAAGAGGUUCCAGUUCACCUCGAAGCAUGCAAGCGAGGAGGAGGGCGGCCUCCAGGACAGGAGCCAGCAGCGGCUCGGGUCCCUGUGCAGUGAGAACCCCACGUGCUGCAGGGAGGUCUCCCGCAGCUCCUGGAACUGCGAUGGGGAGGUCCUGCACAGCCCCGCCAUCGAGGUCAGGGUCCACUGCCAGCUAGUCCGGCUGUUUGCACGCGGCAUUGAGGAGCGCCCCCAGCGGGCAGCGCGCAGCUGAGAAGGUGCCACUGCCUGCACGUGGAGGGACGAGGUCAGCACAGGGCUGCAGGCCGAUGACGGGACAGAUAUACUUCAAGUAGAGAUUUAUUUUUGAUAGAUUAAUCUCGAUUUUAGGAAACUCCCUUUUGUGAGCCGUCCACCACCCACCUCUGGCAUCCCGGGGCCCCUGAGGCUGCCCCACCUGCUCCUUAGCCCGACGUGGCCGUCCGUGCGGCUUUCGGCAGCUCCCUUCCUGGCAAUAGUCGUAGGGACAUGACGUGAGCUCUCCUGGAAUCCGCGCAUGCCUCCUGGCCACGAGUGACAGACGACCUGGGUACUGGGACCACCCGCGGGACUCCGAAUGGCCUGUGGCGUCUGUCCUCAUCCUGCCCUCACGCCCACGGCCGAUCAGGGUGGCCCUUUCUGCGUGAGCAGGCAGCGUCUGCACCAUGACAGCCCAGCCGGGGCAGGAGCCUUGCCCGAUUCCGUAGACAUGGGUGGGGUGCUGUAGACGUCUGGGGACGCCGCACUGCACCUGCUCUGCGGCCUUCGCGCCCGCCUGCUGAGCCCCCACCCGCAGCCAGCUCUGCCAGCACACGGGCCCACGCUGCUCUGUCCUUGUCCUGCCACGGUCUGUGUGGUCAGAUGUCUUGGUCUUUUGGGGCAUGUCAUGUGAGUUGGUCUCUGAACCAAGAGGCUGCCAGUGCCCCGGAAGUGCCUGGCCACAGCAGCGAGAGGGUGUGGGUCCCCGGGGAGCUGUGGGUGGUCGCACUGCCGGGGUGACCUGUUCCAGGCAGAUGAAAUCACUGAGACCCCUGUGGAAGUCUUGUCUCAAACAGGCGUGGGUGGCGGGGCCUCCGCCUGGCAGAGCAAGGAGCACCUGGCCGCGAGCCCAGCUUGGUGCACGGUUCCUCCUUCUGUGGCACUGGAUGGCCUGCAUGUGUCCAGCAUGCCCCUGCCACAGCUUGAGUUACACACACCACUUCCCGUUUUCUGUCAGUGCCACCCAGGCCAGAGGGCAGCCCUGGCAAUGGCUUUAUUCAGACCAUGUCUUCACAGGCAAUGGCACAAGUCCUGUGGUUGGACCCCAGUAGCUGGAUGACAAGUGGUUGUAGGGAGGGGCAGAGCUGUGCCCAUGGGGAGGGGCAGAGCCGUGGUCGCAGGGAGGAGC